UGCAGUGUGUUCAUUCUGGGGGGAUUUGUUGUUCGGACCACCUCGGCCACCGGGAGCACUGUUAGGUGCGCGCCGUGUCGUCCCUGGAUACCACCGAUGCACUCUGUCUGUAGCUCCUCCUGACCAGGAGCCACUGGCUGAGAAACGGCUGGGAAAAUUGGCACUUGAGCCGAUCCAACAGAUCUUCUCCCACUAUAUCGCCGCUUGACGACUACGAUGAUGAUGGUGAUGGUGUUGAUGAAACAGAAUGGAGUCGAGCAGGGUGGAUUAAUACUGCACCAUGAAUGACAGGUACCACAAGGCGGCCCGGGAUGGCUACUUGGACCUGCUGAAGGAGGCGACUAGGAAGGAUCUCAACGCGCCGGAUGAAGAUGGCAUGACACCAACGUUAUGGGCUGCUUAUCACGGUAACCUGGAGGCUCUGCGGCUGAUCGUGGCGAGGGGUGGAAACCCUGACAAGUGUGACAUAUGGGGGAACACGCCACUCCACCUGGCAGCUGCCAAUGGUCACCACAACUGCCUUUUCUUCCUGGUGUCUUUCGGUGCCAACAUAUGGUGCUUAGACAACGACUACCACACGCCGUUGGACAUGGCUGCCACAAAGAAUCACAUGGAUUGCGUCCGCUACCUGGAUUCCAUUGCUGCCAAGCAGACAGGCCUCAACCCCAAGCUAGUCAACAAGCUGAAGGACCGGGCGUUUCGUGAGGCUGAGCGUCGCAUCAAAGAGUUUGUGAAGAUGCAGAAGAAGCACCACAAACGCAUGGAGCGGAGGUUUCACAAGGACACUUCUGAGGCUUCUGUGUCAGACGUCAUGAGCUUUUCUAGUUACACCAGCAGCUCUAUAAGCCACAAGCUGCGCGGUUUAAAUGCAGCCACCGUCAGUGUGCCAUAUUCUCAGGCUACUCUUCAUGCCACAAAUCGAGGGAAGACAAAGAUUCAGAAGAAGCUAGAGAAGAGGAAACAAGGAGAUGGGACUUUUAAAAUCUACGAGGAUGGGAGGAAGAGUGUGCGCUCCCUCUCCGGACUUCAGCUGGGCAACGAUGUCAUGUUUGUCAAACAGGGGACUUCCAUCAACCCGAAGGAACGCAGCCGCCGCAACAUCCGUGACAUGUUUCCCAGAGACAAUUACGAUGCCAUUUCACGUGCCAUGAGCGAGCCGGACCUCCAUAGAGCCGAUGUGGACUAUUCUGAGAUCAGCACUGAUUCAGGACAUGAUUCCCUUUUCAACCGGCCUGGUCUGGGCACCAUGGUCUUUAGGAGGAACUAUGUGAGUGGGGGGAUGUUUGACCUUGGUGGUCGGGACGACACUAGUGUGGACCAAUCAGGCAAUAAUGUGCGUUUACGCAGUCGACUGCAGCAAUACCCGAGUGCAGAUGAAGACAGCAUCGGCAGUGCACGGAGCCUGCAGGAGAGGAACGUGGAGGAGCUGCCCUGGGAAGAUGUUGAAUUAGGGCUAGACGAUGAUGAUGAGCCUGACACAAGCCCUCUGGAGGUCUUCCUCGCCACACAGAGCAUGAUUGAGUUUUUCUCCAUCUUCAAGAGGGAGAAGAUCGAUCUCGAAGCGCUGUUGCUGUGCUCUGACCGUGACCUUAAGAGUAUCCAUAUCCCCUUAGGACCAAGGAAAAAAAUCUUAGAUGCCUGCAAGAGACGGCUGGAGACCAUAGAGGACCCAGACUGCAUCGAGGACACAGAACUGUGA